AUGUUAUUCAAAUGCAGCGGUGGCGAAUCAGACACGAGCUCAGUCGACUCGACGCUGCUUUGCGUUUGGAAAUUGGUGCGCGUCUGUCGCAAGAACAACGACGAUGGAGACAUCGCGAGGAAGAUAUUCAAAAUCAGCGGCGGCAUUCGGCUUGCUUUAAAGAUGGGCCACAAAGGGAAUGUCGAAUUACUGUUGAGAAGAGGUGCCGGUUCGAAUAUAGCUGACAAGAACGGAUUCACUCCUUUGCACACAAUUUGCCAAAGAGACAACGACGACGAAGAUGACGACUUGUUGAAGCUAUUCCUCGAGAUCAACGACGAAUUGAAUCAGCUGGUGGAGGUCAACGCCAAGGACAAGAAGGGCAACACACCAUUAAGCGCCGAUCCCAAUUGCGUCAACGAGGAAAGAUUUUCAGCUCUGCACAUAAUUUGUCAAACAAACUACAAUGACAACUACUUGGAGGUAUUCUUCAGAAUCAACGACGAAAUCCAGCAGACUGUGCAAGUCGAUGUUAAAGACAAGUUUGGCCAUACACAAUUGCAAUUAGCUGUGGCGAGUCUCUUUCCAGAUACGGUCGAUGUUCUCUUGGAUCGUGGGUCGGAUCUGUCCAGCUUCGUUUUUCUCACUGUGGAAGACUUAGAAGGGUCAAUUGGCUCGAUAAAGGACGAGGAUGAACAUGAACGGUUUGGGGUUAAAUUAAAAUCCACUUCGGACGCUGUUUCAAUCGUCGAGAGACUCAAGCAAAAAGGAUACGAACUGGGCCGUAGCGACGCCCUGCUGAUCAUGAAGUGGUUCACUGCGUACGAAUUAUUCGCCAAGUCGACGGAUCUUGACAAUUGUUGGUAUGACGACGAGGAAUUUGUGAGCAAGUCAAAGGACAUAAUGAUAAAACUAGAUCUAUCUCUUUGCGAGCUGGUUCAGUUACGAACUGAAGAGGCAGCAAAAUUACUCAAACACGAGGACUGGGACGAGUUAGUGCGUUCGAAAAAGCACUGA